AUGGAGGGCUGGCAUAGUCUGGUCAAGCAGGACAGGCUGAGGAGGUUGAUCGGGCUGGAGAGCUGGUGUAGUCGGGUCAAGCAGGACAGGCUGGGCUCCAACAUCCCCAUGACCCUCAAGAGGGUAAGCGUCUUGGGAAACGAAUGUGAUGAUUGUCCCAGUAGGAACAGUGUCAUGACUCAGCAGAGGCUGACGCUGAGUCACAGUGGCCCCUUUCACGAGUCUUCAAUGCUGCUUUCUGUCCCUUCGCUGCAUGACACGGGAUAUUUUCAAGUUCGUCCUCCUGUGGUGUGCCUCGUCAUUUCAAAUCCCCAGUUUGGUCGCCUGACGUUGGGGAGGCUGCAGACAGAUCGUAUUGAAAUUGGGGGAACCACCCAUGUGAUGACGUCACGGCGCGCUGACAAGCUGGUGGUGCCGGAAGAAAAGAUGGCGGAUUAUUACGACCCGAUCAGCAACCAGGAAAAGGUGCGCAUAGCAGCUAAAUUCCUCAUUCACGCCCCACCAGGAGAGUUUAAUGAAGUUUUCAAUGAUGUGCGAUUGCUGCUCGACAAUGACAAUCUUCUCAGAGAAGGCGCAGCGCAUGCGUUUGCACAGUACAACUUGGAGCAGUUUACCCCUGCAAAAAUUGAGGGCUACGACGACCAGGUCUUAAUCACAGAACAUGGAGAUCUAGGGAACGGCCGUAUCCUAGACCCCAAGAACAAGAUCUCUUUCUCCUAUGACCACUUGAGAAAGGAAGCCAGUGACCCCCGGCGUCAUGAUGUUGACAGCUCCAUAGAGGAGUGGAGGAGUGCCGUGGACACAGCUGUCAGGGCCUAUGUCAAAGAGCACUACCCCAGCGGAGUCUGCACCAUUUACGGCAAAAACAUCGAUGGACAACAGACCAUCAUUGUAUGCAUUGAGUGCCAUCAGUUUCAGGCCAAAAACUACUGGAAUGGACGCUGGAGGUCAGAAUGGAAAUUCACCAUCUCUCAAUCCUCCACUGAAGUGGCAGGAAUCAUGAAGAUUCAGGUUCAUUACUAUGAGGAUGGCAAUGUUCAGCUCGUGAGCCACAAGGACGUGAGGGAGAAAAUGACCAUUUCUAAUGAGGUUUCAACCGCAGAAAGGUUUGUAAAGAUCAUGGAGACAGAAGAAGGCAAAUAUCAGAGAGCGAUCAACGAGAAUUAUCAGACCAUGUCGGACACUACUUUCAAAGCCUUACGCCGCCAGCUUCCUGUGACGCGCACCAAGAUCGACUGGAACAAGAUUUUGAGCUACAAGCUCGGCAAGGAGAUGCAAAAUGCUUGA